AUGUUUAGUAAGAAGAGAAGAGCCGAUUUUGAGGAAGAUGAUGGAUACCGUGAUUUUAGACCCCGGAUGCCAAAGAGACAGAGGGUACCACCGGUGGUUCAAUUAUGUAAGGAAAUGAUGCCGGAUAUUCGUACGAUUGGUGAAUCUGUUAAGGCAUUUGAAGAAGAUAUCAAAUUUUUAAGUGAUGCCAUUGUCAAUGAAUAUGGCCAUGAGGACUACUUUAACGACGCUCUACUAUCGACAUUCCGUGCAGUUGUCUUAGAACAACCUCAAAAGCAACCUGCAAUUGCAUUGUUGACUAUGGUGGUUAAUGCUAGUAAUGAGGUUGCCGCUAAAAGUGUUAUCAAUUUUUUCUUUGAAGAAUUACAAAAACUGUGUGAUGCAAGCACAGAUGAAAAUUACGAGGCGGUUUCAAACGAGACUGGUAUUUGGAAUAAAUUUAAAUUAGUAUUAAGAUUUCUUUCAUUGUUGUCACCAAUCGUUUCCACGGAUGACCUUUUAGCAAUCUAUAAGUCCGUUUUCCAAUUAGCCGUCGAUCUAAAUCGUGAUGCUGGUCCCGAGUCUCGUAAUGCAUUGUCAGAAGCGCUUUAUACAAAUACUUUACUGGAUUUACCAUAUUUGUUUUUCUUUAACAGAUCAGAUGACGUUUUACAAUCAAAAGUAGAGGAACUGUUCAAUUUUGUGGAAACCGAAUAUCAAGUCAAAACUUCAGACGUUAAUCUUCUCAAGCAGUUUAAUAAAAAUGCACCUUAUCAAACUACAGAAUUGAUUCACGUAGUAUUACCCAAUGUGAAAAAGGUUUUAGCCAAUAACAUGGAGCAGUUGUUCCAAUUAUUCCCAGACUGGCAAUAUUUGUUGAGCGAACAACCUUCAGAAAGACAUGGUUUCAACGAACCAUUGAAACUCCCACCCUUAGGACAAUUGAAACCAUUUAGUUCCCUAGACAGAGGUGUUGGAUCAGUGGACAGUAUGUGGAGGGAACCUCGUUAUACUUUCCACGUCUAUUUGCCCAACUCUGUGGGUGACUUUGAAACUGUUGUCCCCAUUACUAGUUAUGCAGGUCAACUGUUUAAGGAUAUUAUCAUUGACAUUGUGGAAAGUUUAGAAUUUAACAGAAAGGAAGUGGCAAAACAAGUAAUUACACUUGAUCUGUUUUUCAAACAGGGUAUCUUUGCAGAACCAGGUGAAUCUAUUGCGCAAUUGGCUGCCACUUAUGAAGAAAAUCCACUGGCGUCCACUUUCAAAAUUGAAGAUAUUGCCAUCGAAACUAUCUUGGAAUUAGUUUUCAAAUUACCUGAUGUUUCUCAACCAUUUGCAUAUUUCUAUACCCUUUUGGUGGAAAUUUGUCAAAAUUCGCCCAAAGCCAUUGCCCCAGUUUUUGGUAGAGCAUUCAGAUUUUUCUACAACAACUUGGACAAUUUGGAUUUAGAAUUAAAAUUGAGAUAUUUGGAUUGGUUUUCCAUUCAAAUGAGUAAUUUCAACUUCUCAUGGAAAUGGAACGAAUGGGAAAAUGAUUCAAUUAGAUUUGGUUCCACUUUUUAUAACGCCAAGAUGAAUUUUGCGAAAAAUUUAAUUCGUAAGGAAUUAAGAUUGACUUCUAAUACAUUGGAUGUGGAAGAUAGUUUACCAGAUGAAUUUAAAAAAUAUUUGGAUAGUUCCUACGUGCCUCGUGAACAAUUAGUCGAAUAUUACCAAUCAUUAUUUGUUGGUGAGAGUUUUCAAGUUAAUCCCAACGAUAUUAAGAAGAACGAUUUAUAUUUUAGACAUGAAUCUUUCCCCGCUCACCAGCAAGUUCGUCAAUUGCUGGAUUAUGUGCAUAAGCAAAACGAUUCAAGAGAAGUAUCUGAAUUGGAAACCAUCAUUAAUUCUAUAAGGCAAGAAUAUGGUGAUAUUAUUGCCAAUUUUGAGAAAUUCAUCAUCGUUGUAUUAAUACAAACGGUGGUUCACUCCGGUAGUAGGUCUUUAUCACACGCCAACAAAUACAUUGGUGAUUUGAAAGAUGAUUUAACACACAUUUUGGGUCAGAUGGAAAUGGAUGAUUCCACUAAACAAUUCACUAUUGUAGAGGCUGUUUUGAGAUUCUGGAACUCUAACUCUCAAAAUGGGUUCCUAAUCGCGGAUACUUUCAAAUUUGCAGGUUUUCUAUCACCAUUAUCCAUUUUCCAAUUUUCAUUUAACGAAGAGAAGAGUGGCGGUAGUACUAAAAAUUAUGGUCUUGUGGAUGGAACUUCGAUUGAAUCCACUUUUAGAAAUUUAACUCAACACAUUGGUGAUCAAGAAUGUCUUACAUUCAUUUUUGAGAAAUUGAUCAACAUUACUAAUGAAUGCAUAACACAAUUGGCGCUCCAACCUGAAGAAGCGGUAAAUAUACCAGAUGUCAAUGACACUAAUAUAGAGAUCGAUUGGCAGAACGAUUUGCCCAAAUUAGAUUUGCUAUGGAAAUAUGAGACUACCAUGAGUUUUUUCAAAAGUAUAUUGAGAAAAUACGUGGAUGAAUACCGUACCUCGGAGGAAAGAUUGAGGGACUUUGUGGAGACCACCAUUUCACAUACUCCAACCAAGCGCCAAUUGCUCCUAUGGAUAGACGAGACUCAUAAGCUCUAA